AUGACGGGAAGAAUUUCGAAGGAUAAGAGCAGGUAUGGUGGAAGUCGCAAACCUAACGAGGAGUAUUCAACCCCGUAUCGAUUCGAGCAUCAUCAUAUCGGAGAUGAUUACACCUACGGAGACUUUGAAGAUGGAGGGCCCAUUAUCGGUAAAUACCGCACUCCAGGUGACAAGUACAGCUUAGGUAAAUACGACGACUACCAUUACCACAAAAACGACGAAGACGACAAGGAUGACAAACCUGAUGGCUACAAUCACAACUACAAACACGGCAACAGCCACAGUCAUGGUUAUACUCGACACCACCACCACACCAAUGGCGAGGGUCUGGACGGAGAAGGCGACGGAUAUCACGGAUAUUAUCGCGUUAACUUUGACCACGAUCACGAUCACCGCGUAGGUGGCGAGAACGAUCACGGAUGUGGCUACGGUGGUUGCAGGCACAGCGACAAUUACUACGACAGCGGAUUUGAAUUUCAUUAUGGAAACGAUGGAAAGGAGGGUGACGAGUACAAUUACGUUGGGAACAGCGACCACGGUGAAUACAACGAUGAUUACGCGCACGACAGCGAGCAGAGUCUUGAUCAUGACCGUAACGAAGGUGUUGAUGACCACGAGUCCGAUUAUCAUUACGGGUACGCCGAGGGAGCUGGUAAUUAUGGCAAAGAUUAG